AGUCCCGCCGUCCGCUUUGCUUCGGAGCUGCUGCCGACCGGCGCCAACUUUGCGGUGUAAAGGCAUAUUGUCUGAAACAUUAAGGAUAAAGUUAAUUUUGGAAUAAGAAAAUCUGGAAAAGUUGGAGAAGUUAAAGAAUAUUCAGUAUCCUUAUCAGGAGACCAACCAAAUAGGAAAUGCACAAUUUUGAGGAUGAGUUAAUGUGUCCCAUUUGUUACAGUAUUUUUGAAGAUCCUCGCAUACUACCAUGCUCUCACACAUUUUGUAAAAGUUGUUUGGAAAACAUUCUUCAGACAUCUGGUAAUUUUUAUAUAUGGAGACCUUUAAGAAUUCCACUCAAGUGCCCUAAUUGCAGAAGUAUUAUUGAAAUUGCUCCAACUGGUAUUGAAUCUUUACCUGUUAAUUUUGCAUUAAGGGCUAUUAUUGAAAAGUACCAGCAAGACGACCAUCCGGAUGUUGUUUUCUGCCCUGAACAUUAUAGGCAACCACUAAAUGUUUAUUGUUUACUAGAUAAAAAAUUAGUUUGUGGUCACUGCCUUACCGUAGGUCAACAUCAUGGUCAUCCUAUAGAUGACCUUCAAAGUGCCUAUCUGAAACGAAAGGACACCCCUCAGAAACUGCUGAAACAGUUAACUAGCACACAUUGGACAGACAUUACUCAUCUUAUUGACAAACUAGAAGAACAAAAGUCUCAUUCUCAGGAAAUGAUCCAGCGUGAUAAAGAAGUUGUUCUCCAGUAUUUUGAAGAGCUUACUGAUACCUUAGAAAAACAAAAAAAAAUUUUUUUAACAGCUCUCUGUGAUGUUGGUAAUCUGGUAAGUCAAGAAUAUACCCCACAUAUUGAAAGAAUGAAAGAAUUACGAGAGCAGCAACUUGAAUUAAUGACACUGACAACAUCUUUACAAGAAGAGUCUCCACUUAAAUUUCUUGAAAAAAUUGAUAACAUCUGCCACCGUGUGCAGAUAUUGGAACAAAGACCACUUCCUGAGGUCCAGCCUGUUGAAAUUUAUCCUCAUGUAAGCCAAGUAUUAGAAGAAUGGAGCAGAACAGAAAUUGGAGAAAUUAAGAAAGUUUUCAUUCCUGAAAUGAAAAUUUCUUCAAUAAGGGCACCUUCCUUGCCCAGUAAAGAUAAAAAAGUCGAAUUUUUUCAAAUUUUAAGCAUUUCAGUGUUAUUAAUGUUGGCACUCUUUUUCUACCAGUAUGUAGUAACUUUCUUAAAUGAAGUGUCUUCAGUAUGUUUUUCUGAAGUCUCUUUGUCUGUUUACCAAAGCCUGUCUCACAACUUGCAUGAUUUAAAAACCAUACUAUGUCACACUUUGUAUUUGUUAAAGGAAUUCAUGUGGAAAAUAGUUUCACCUUGAAAACAUGAAUUAUUAAAUGGGCUUAUUCUGUACAGCAGUUUUUUGUUAACUGGAGAAACAGGAAGUAGCAUAAGUAGUAAAACUAAACUUCGGUAGAGUUCCAGUAAACUCAGAAAUGUCAGACCUCUCAUGCUUCUGUUAGAUAGUAAAUCCACUAAUAAGAAUAAGACUUAAAUCAUUAGAUAUUGAGAAUCAUUAGUAAUUGGUUUAUUAAU